CCUCCAUAUUCCUGAUCUAACAGCCUGCGUUCCUGUUCUUACACUGGAGCCUCCUGUUGUUUAUGGCUGGCUCUGGGUGUGCUGCCGCAACUCGCGGUUGAGUAAGCAGAUGAGUAGGUUACGCUUAUAAGGUCACGGCUGUUAGCUACCUGCUAAUAAUUUUCGUAACAAUACAUAUACUCCUUCGUUCCGAGCAAUGGCUUCGUCGCACGCCACAGAGUUCGCGUUUCCGACCAGCUUCGCGAACGAUGCGACGUUCCAUGCGACAGAUCCUGUCGCCUCGGGGCAUCUUUUCGAUAGAGCGUCGACGCCUUACGGCGCAGCAGGAACAGGCGGCACAAGCGGACUAGGCGGAACAGGGGGAACAGGCGGAACGGGGGGAAAGCUCGGUAGAUCCAGGCGAUAUGGAGUGCGAGCCGACACGCCGUACAGCAGACCGGCGACGGGACGGCACGCCGCUGCCGGCCAGUUAGCCGCUGCUGCCGCUACAGCCGCUGCUGCUACAACCGGCGCCGCUGCUGCUCCGGCGGGUGGUAAAGACGGAGGUUCGCAAAAGAAGGGUUGGCUCGGAGGUUUGGGCGGUGCGAUGCUGAGUAUGAUUGGCUGGCGACGGACCAGCGAUCAGGCGAACGACGCGAAUAACCCAGGGUCGCGACGCCAAGAGGCGAUUGCAGGCGGAGCGGAUGAGAGAGCUGAGCUGAGCCUAGCUGACGGCAUGGCGGCUGUUGCUGCUGCUGGGGACGUGCCUUCGAGUGGGAAGCCCCUGUCGAUGCGUGAGUACGUGCGACUGUCGCAGAUGCUGCGCGCUCAGGUGGUUGACCCCGACGCCACUACCGCCCAGUACGCGCUAGUGCCGCUCGAGCGGACCCUUCCGCUCCGGGCCCUUCGACCCGCGCACCGUCGGUCGUUCCUGCCUCCGCAACCACUCCGGCCAGGCCAGCCCAGACCACCCCGUUCCACACUCCUGGUGUGGCAAACCCCACGCCCUUUCAUACCCCUGGCGCUGCAGCUGCGGCGACAGCAGCGGCAGCAACGCCCUUCUUUGACGCAUCCCGCACUUUCACCACCUCUGCCGCGGGCGCUGGAAGGACGGUGCCCGGAAGGGGCUUGGCAGGGGCAAGAGUUGGGGCAGUACCGGGGGUCGGAGCCGUAACGGGGACGGCAGGAGCAGUGACGGGGACGGCAGGAGCAGUGACGGAAACUCCGUUCUUUGAGGCCGGAGCUAGAUUCGCCACGCCUGUGGCCAGUGGUCGGGCGUCGCCCGCUGCUGACGUGGAUGGUGCGGAUGAUGACGAGGACGAGGAGUUCCACACGCCAGACGGCGGGGCAUCGCCUGUGGAUAUUGCUAAGGCGUAUAUGAGAGGUGACCUCCGCGCUGCUGCUGCUGCUGCUGCCGCUGCUGCUGAUCCCUCUCCUAGUCGUGCACGGGCUAGCAGUGCGGGCAAGGCCGCUGCAGCAAGGCCUAGGCCCAGUGAGUCUCCUAUUGCAGAGGGUGCGGGUGGGGAUGACCUGCCAUUCCCCGCUGCUGCCGCCGCCGCUGCUGCUGGGGGGCCUAACGGCGGGUUCUCUGGGACAGGACCUAACGGCGGGUUCUCUGGGGCUGGGCACGAUGGGAGGUUCUCUCAAGAGCAGGGUGGAGAGGGGAGGGCGAGCGGGUGGGGUGAGAUGGUGGUGGUGGAUUCCAGGCGGCCGUCAGAAUCUGUGGCGGGGGACAUGUGGGGGCAGCAGGCGCAGCAGCGGGGGGAAGGCGAGGAGGAGGACGAGGAGGAGGGGGAGCAAGGGGAGGCAGAGGAGGGUGGGUGGGGAGGGGAGAGGGGGGUUGAGAGGGGGGGGUUGAACGGAGAGUUGGUGCGAGCGGUGUUUCCAGGGGCGUCUUCUCACGGCCAGUAUCGUGCCUCCGUGCCUGCUACGCCCAAGUCCGCCAAGAGAGGUCGCGACGCUGACGAGGCAGACGCUGAUUGGCUGAGAGGAUCCGAGUCAGCGCGCCGCAUUCGCCCUCGAGCCUCGCGCCAGCCAAACAGUCUCGCCCUCGUCUCUUUCCCACCCGGCCCUAGCGCUUAUCCUCCGGGUCCUAUCUCAAGGCGUUCAGAUUUCCUCACAGGAGCUAUAGCCGCCCCUCCCCUCCCUCCCCCUGCACUUUUUUCGGCGGGGGCUGGGAGUUUUCUCCCCUCUGCCCGGCUCCGCGGUCAGGCUGGCCGCUCGCAUGCCUUUGCCUCUCGCAGCAGCAGCGGCGGGCCUCGCCUGCUGCCCGGAGACCUGCCCGGGUUUUCCCUCGGCGCGAGAAAGGGUGCUUGGGACAGGGCGUUCGAAGGGGUGGGAGACGCAGGAGGGCUGUUUCUGGAAAGGGAUACGUUUGGGCUGUUCGGCCGAAAGGGCGUAGGCAAGGUGCGGAAUGAGCCGUUGGAACGACAGAAGCGCCAGCAGCAGCAGGAGGAGGAGAGGCAGCAGCAGCAGCGAGAGAAGCAGCAGCGGGCAGAGGAGAAAGUGUUUUCUGGGCUGAACCUGGCCCCGUCUAAGUCGCUAGAGACGGCUCAGAAGAUUCUGGCGAAACUAGAAGAUAUCACAGGGGGGGCUUUGCAAGGGGGGGGGGCUGCAGGGGGCGUCGAUGGGCGCACAGGGGGAGCGGUCGAAAGCAGGGUUGGAGGAGACAGGGAUUUGAGCGGGUUUAGUGGGAUUGGGGGUGGGUUGAGUGACAGGGGCGUAGAUAGCUGGAAGAGAUUGGUGGGCCUGGGAUCCAGGGCAGGUGAUGGUUUUAGGGCAGGUACGGGUGCAGGUCCGGGUGCAGGUACGGGUGCUGGUAUGGGUGCAGGUUCGGGUGCAGGGCGUUUGGGCAGGAGGGGUCAGGGGGAUGAGAUAGUGGCGCCUCCCUUGACGUUCCUCCCCACGUACAUGGGCAAGAGGGCUGCUGGCGAGCGUCUGUCUGUUGCUGAACUUCCAUCUGCGCAGCUGGCUCCAGGUGGUUUCUCAGGUGCUGUUUCAGGUGCUGCUGGUCUAGGUCCUGAGGGUGGGGUCCAGCGUGUGGGGCAGAUGGGGAAGGGCAAGGAAAUGGUUGCGGAGGAAGAAGAAGGGGUGUAUGCACAGACUGCCUUGAUUGAAUCCGCUGCUGGUGGUCUUGGUGUGGGCGUUGCCGCGAAUGCUGCUGCUGCUGGGCGCUCGCAGCCUACUGCUUCGGCUGCUCCUGCUCCUGCUCCUGCUGCUGCUGCUGCUGCUGCUUCUGCUGCUGCUGCUCCCAAACCGUUGACCCCUGUUGAUUCCAUCUCCAAGCCUGGAUUCCCUUGGGCUGGAGGUACCGGGGCAGGCACCAGUAUUGCAGGUGCGGGUGCAAGUACAGGUAUGGGUGCAGGUGUAGGCACGGGUAUGGGUACGUUUGGAGGUUCGGUCUGGGGUAUGGCAGCAGGUGCAAGCACCGGUGCAGGUGAAGGGGCAGGAGCGAGCAGGGCGGCAAGAGCAGAUGCAACUGGGGUAACUAUACGAGAGAAGCGAGAGGAUUCGCAGCAGGUUGGGGGCGAGGCAGAGAAGGAUGGCGGAGUUGCGAGAGGAUUUGCAGCAGCAGCAGGGGCAGGUGCAGGUGCAGCAGCGGCACCAACAGCAGGUGCCGCUGGUGCAGGUGCCACCAGUAAGGCUAGAGGUGGAGGAAGCAAGGAGAGAGAGCCGUUUGCCACGUCAUCUGAUGAGCCGACCAUUGUGAUACGCCCACGUGGAUCCCCUGAUGCCACGUCAGCAGGAGGGGGUGCACGUGCAGGGUUUGCUGGGGGUUUCUCAUUCCACGGCACAGGGGCAGCCCCGGCAGGCUCGGCAUUCCCCUCUGCAGGUUUGGAAACCCCGAAGCUGUUCGGUUCGGGCAGCAUUUCCAAGUCCCAGACCUCUCCACCUGGAGCUGCUUUGGGCGAGAAGAAGGGUGCAGAGGUUGCCGAGCCUAAGUUCAGCUUCGGCAGCAGGCCAGGCUCGGCAGCGGGUCUGGAUUUCAGUGUGGUAGUCGCCAAGGCAGCAGAGCCAGAGCAAGCAGCAGUAGCACAAGCACCAAAAUUCCAAUUCCGCUCUCCAGCUUUCUCCUUCAGCAAGGCUGUACCAUCACCAUCGCAUGCCUCAAAGCCAGACUCGCCAGCUGCAGCUCCUGUGUCUGUUGCCGCUGCGACUUCUGCCGGCGCUACAGCCGUUGCUGCUACAGCCCCCUCCUCCCCCUCCUUCCCAUCCUCGCCCAUCACUCCCGUCGCCUUCUCAUUCAGAUCCCCAGCCGCCACUACUACCAGCGCUGCCGCUGCUGCUGCUGGUGCGUUUGCUGCUGAUAAGCCACAAGUGCUGGCCGCACCCAAGGCCCUUUUUGCCACGUCCUCUCCCUUCACGUCGUCGGUGGUUCCUAGCACUGGUGCUGCUGGGAAUACCAAAACUGGUGCUGCGGAGACCGCACCAGGUACAGGCUUAGGCUCUGGCACAGCGGCUUCAGCAGAGGCAAAGGCACCAACUGCCACUCCGGUGUUUUCCUUCGGCGCUUCUGCCCCAGCUAAGAGUGGCUUUGCCUUUGGUGCUGCCACUCCUGCAUCUUCCCCAGCUAAGAGUGGCUUCGCCUUUGGUGCUGCCCCUGCGACUCCUGCGUUUGGGGCGACCACUCCUGCUGCUGCUGCUGCUGCUGCUGGUGCUGGUGGUGCAGCAACAACCACUCCUGCCUUUGCAGUGACACCCUUCUCCUUUGCAGGAAAGAGCAGUCCCACAGAGGCAGGUGCAAAGAUAGGGGCAGGUGGCGGGGAUGGGGAGGAGGGUGGGGAGGGGGAGGGGGAUGGGGAGGGGGAUGAGGUGAGUGAGAGACUGCAGUCGGACAGGCCAAAGAAGAGGGGUGGCGUUGCUGUGUGGGGCAAAGGAAGCAGCAGCCCUGUUGCUGAUGGUGGUGAUGGUGGUGAUGGCGGUGCUUUUCCCAACCCUUUCAAGGCGAGGGCUUCCCCACCAACUGCUGAUGGUGCUGCUGCUGCUGCUGUUGCUGAUGGGGGUGAUUUUCCCAACCCUUUCAAGAAAAGGGCCUCCCCACCAACCCAGACAUCCGACAAGCCGGCACAGGCCUCCCCAUUUCCCUCAUCCCCCUCCCCAUUCCCCUCCCCUCCCUCCCCAUUCUCUCCCUCUCCAUUCAAGUUCGGCUCACCAGCAGCAGCGGCAGCAGCGGAGGGAACAGCAGCAGGCACCGCCUCUGCUCCCAUGUUCGCAUUCACCUCCUCUCCUCCUCCUGCCGCCGGCUCCUCCUCUCCGUCGAUCCCCGCUUCCUCUCUGCCCCCCUCUUCUGCGUCCCUGGUUUUUAAUACAGCUGCAGCAGAUGCUGGUGCUUCGAAAGCAGCAGCCGGAGCGUCUUCCUCUCCUGUCUUUUCGUUCAGUGCUGCUCCCUCCUCCACACCCGCUCCCUCCUUUCAACUCUCCCCUUCAAUGCCUGCCACUGCUUUCGCUCCCCCCACUUCGUCUGCUGCUCCUCUCUUCUCCUUUGCCUCCAAGAGCCUGUCACCAUCACCAUCCCUUGCCGCUGCUGCCUCAUCCCCCGCUGCUGGCGGCUUAACCCCUGCUGCUGUUGCUGCCUCAUCCCCUGCUGCCGCUGCUGCCGCUGCUCCGCUCUUCUCGUUUGGUGCGACUCCAUCCGCCCCGCAGUUCUCCUUUGGCAAGGCGGCAGGUACAGGGACAUCCCCGACUGCCACCCCUGUAUUUUCCUUCUCUGCUGCUGCUUCCUCGGCUGCUGCUGGUACUUCGAGCUCUGCACCCUCUUUUGGCCUGUCAUCCGCUCCUGCUGCCACUGCUGCUGCUGCUGGUGCUGGUGCUGGUGCUGCUGAUGGUGUCAGCAAGGGCCUGUUUACAUUUGGAGGGUCUGCAGCAAAUGGCGUUGCUGCACCGUCGCUGCCAACUUUCAGUUUUGGAGCGUCAGCAUCAACAGGCUCAGCAGCAGGAUCAACAGCAGCUCUUGCGGCCCCUCUCUUUGGGGGUUUCACCCCUCCCCCUGCUGCAGCCGGUAAUGCUGCUGAUGGUGAUGGGGGCAGUGGUGGUGCAGACGGCAAUGAAAAUAAUAACCCAGGUGCGGAUGGUGCUGCUGUUCCUGCUGCUGCUUCGCCGUUUGGUGGGUUUGGGGUGAAUGGGAAUGGUGGGGGGUUUGUGGGGGCGUCUGGAGGGUUUUCCAUGGGUGCUGGGGGGGAUGCAGGUGGGGAUAAGACACCAGCAGCAUCGAAUAUUGCGGGAAGGAGAAUCGUCAGGGCGAAACGACCUCUGGCAAGGCGAAAAUAGGGGAGGUGUGGGUGAAUGAAUUGAUUGCCGUAGGUUGGACAUUUGUUAGGUAGCAAUUUUGAUUUAAGCACUGUUCGUUUCAUAGGUUCCUUUUCUAACAUUCUUUACUCUAAUGCCUUUGGCGCAUUGAAUUGAAGUGGCCCAUCUUGCUGGGAUACGA